ACUCAACGACUCUUUGCGUGUUGGCAGAUUUCGUUUGCUGUUUGAAGCAGCAUGAUGAACUUUAAUCCGCGCUCAAUUCCGCCAGCGACGCGGUAUUUGCUCCUGGCCUCUGUCUUUCUGUUCCUGGUCGGCCUUCUGCUCCCUCCAGAGUACCUGGCACUGAUACCCGGCUCGUCUGUCUUUUGGGUUUGGACGUUUUUGACAGCUGGUUUUUGGGAGGGGAACAUUAUUGCUUUAUUGAUAAACGGCGCCGGCCUUUUGCUUGGCGGAAAAUAUUUUGAGCAUGCCUGGGGAUCGAGGGAGUUUCUUAAGUAUGUGCUCAUUGUCAACACUGGGGCAUACGCGGGGGUAUUCUUUGCAACGGUCGUAGAGUACGCUGUGACCAUGAAUUCAAGUUGGCUGUUUGAGUCGCAAGCGAGCGGACUCGCCGCUUUACUGGCUGGCUUUAUUGUAUCUUUCAAGCAGGCAGUGCCGGAGCAUUCCAUCAAACUGUUUAAUGCCAUAUCCAUCCGGGCCAAGUACCUUCCGUCGAUCUACGUACUUGUCAACUUUGUCCUCUUCGUUGUCCGUAUCAUUCACGUCCACUUUUUCGUGGUGCUCUUUGGGACUCUCGUGUCUUGGACAUACUCCCGAUUCUAUAAAAGACACGAAGGAAUGAGAGGAGAUCGCAGUGAGACGUUUUCAUUUGCCAGCUUUUGGCCGGAUUUCAUGCAGCCUUUUAUCAAGCCUCUUUCAAAUACCAUAUUCAAGCUCUUUGUAUCAUUGAAAUUGUGUUCACCAAUUGGGCCUCAACUACCCACAACAGUGUUUGAUGGAGAAGGUGGGUCGAAGGUAGCACCCUUGCCAGGAACGGAAGCGGCUGAUGCAGAGCGCAGGAGAGCGCUUGCAUUGCGAGCGUUGGAUAUGCGACUGGCUGAAACAGUCACUUCGCCCACUGCAGGGGCGUCCGGUGGAACAAACACACCAAAUCGAGCAGUAAGCCCAAGUCCCGCCCCGGCGAGCCCUUCAAACCCGUAGUGAAAAACCCGGCGUUGAUGUAUAAAGUGUUCGUAGAAAUUAUUAUAUUACUGUACAAACAUCGCAAGGACACCUGAUGUAUCUGGUGAAAUAGAACUACGCAUUUGCUUGCAAUUGUU